ACUUUUUCAAAAGUUCCUGGAGGUGUUUCGAGACGCACGGCAGCCGAGUCCGAGCUGUCCCACUGCCAUUAAACCCCAAGGAAGAAGAGGAAGAAGAGUCCGAGCUGCAGAGGAAAUACGGCAUUGGACUAUUUCGAAAACGCUCAAUUUCUAUGAAAUUCACUCAAGUUAACUUUAUGACGCUACUUCAUCUUAAUGUGAUCCCUUGGAACUUUAAUCACCGUGUCAUUUUUUAAAGGAUGUAUUAUUGCUAACAUUUCAAAAAAAAGGAGUAGUAUCGCGUUUUCACAGAAAUGGGGAAUUACAGUCUUUGGAUAUUUCUGUCAAUUUUACAUCUUGUGCAAAACAGCGAAGGAAUGCACUGCAUGGAUACACUCAGGCCGUGCGAAAAUGGAGGAAUAUGUAUGGAUUCAAAAUGCUUAUGCCGGCCUGGUUAUAUUGGUUUUCUCUGUCAGCAUCUAGACCCCUGUCAUCGCUCGCCUUGUCUAAAUGGAGCAGCUUGCAAGAGCCAGUUAGCCAACGGAACCCCACAGUACACCUGUGUGUGCCAGCGGGGGUUUAGAGGUCAGGAUUGUUCCCUGAUUGAUGCAUGUGCCACAAAUCCCUGCGCCAACGGUGCCCGUUGCACCAAUUGGAAUAAUAACUACAACUGCUCAUGCCCGCCUGGGUAUCAGGGCAAGAACUGUCGCAAUGAUAUUGAUGAAUGCCGCAAACCUGGAAAGUGCCUUAACGGUGGCAUCUGCAUGAACACACAUGGCUCAUUCCGCUGUGAUUGCCGUGCUGGGUACAGCGGGCGCACAUGCGAGAUACCCACCCAGCCCUGCGCCCCCUCACAAUGUGUCAAUGGGGGCACCUGCCAUCAGACCAGUGACCAAACCUACGAGUGUGCUUGCUUGCCAGGCUUCAAGGGACACAAUUGUGAGGAGAACGUGGAUGACUGCCCUGGAAACAAAUGCAUGAAUGGUGGGAUCUGUGUAGAUGGCGUCAACACGUACAAUUGUCAGUGUCUGCCGGAGUGGACAGGCCAGUAUUGUGCUGAAGAUGUCAACGAGUGUCUCAUGCAGCCCAAUGCUUGUCACAAUGGCGGUACGUGCUUUAACACCAUUGGAGGACACACCUGUGUAUGUGUCAAUGGCUGGACUGGGGACGACUGCAGUGAGAACAUUGACGACUGUGCGACGGCUGUCUGCUUCAAUGGGGCCACAUGUCAUGACCGUGUGGCCUCCUUUUUCUGCGAGUGCCCGGUGGGCAAAACUGGUCUGCUCUGUCAUCUGGAUGAUGCCUGUGUCAGUAACCCCUGUAAUGAGGGGGCAGUGUGCGACACUAACCCUCUGAACGGCCGGGCCAUUUGCACCUGCCCUGCUGGCUUUGUUGGUGGAGCCUGCAACCAAGACAUGGAUGAAUGUUCCAUUGGUGCCAACCCCUGUGAGCAUUUUGGGAAGUGUGUAAACACAGAGGGCUCAUUUCAGUGCCAGUGUGGACGGGGUUAUACUGGCCCUCGCUGUGAGAUUGAUAUCAACGAGUGCCUGUCCAUGCCCUGCCAGAACGACGCCACCUGCCUGGACCGUAUCGGCGAGUUCACAUGCAUCUGUAUGCCUGGCUAUAUGGGGAAGUUCUGUGAGGUGGAUGUCGACGAAUGUGAGAGCAACCCCUGUGUAAAUGAUGGCAUCUGCCGAGACAUGGUCAAUGGCUUCACCUGCACCUGUCAGCCAGGGUUUACUGGCACCAUGUGUCAGAUUGACGUAGAUGAGUGCGCCAGCACUCCCUGCCAGAAUGGAGCCAAGUGCAUUGACCGUCCCAACGGGUAUGAAUGCCGCUGCGCUGAAGGUUAUGAGGGAAGGCUGUGCGAGAGCAACAUCAAUAACUGCAAGCCUGACCCGUGCCACCACGGCACUUGCGUAGAUGGCAUUGCCAGUUACACAUGUAACUGUGAGCCGGGCUACACUGGCUACCGCUGCGAGAACCAGCUCAACGAGUGCCACAGCAACCCCUGCCAGAAUAGUGGGAAGUGUGUGGACCUUGUCAACAAGUAUAUCUGCCAGUGUCAACAUGGCACCUCAGGCACCAACUGUGAAAUCAACUUUGACGACUGCGCUAGCAACCCUUGUGACUAUGGAAUCUGCAAAGAUGGCAUAAACCGCUAUGAAUGUGUCUGCCAGCCUGGCUUUACCGGGCCUCAGUGUAAAGAUGAGAUUGACGAGUGCCAGUCUAAUCCCUGUCGCAACGGAGGAACCUGUGUAGAUGAUGAGAACGGCUUCCACUGCCAGUGCCCUGAAGGUUUCCAUGACCCGUUCUGUUAUUCACAAGUGGACGAGUGUGCCAGCAGCCCAUGUUUGCAUGGGACCUGCAGAGACAAUCCUAAUGGCUAUCGAUGUGACUGUGAGCAUGGAUGGGUGGGUAAGAACUGUGACCUAGACCGAAACGAUUGUUUGCCAAGCCCCUGCCAGAAUGCAGGCACCUGUUUCGACCAACUCAAUGGUUUCACCUGCAAGUGUCGGCAAGGUUUUAGAGGUAACUUAUGUCAGGUGAACAUCAAUGAGUGUGCCUCCAGCCCAUGUCUAAAUCAGGGCACCUGUGUUGAUGGAGUCGCCAGUUUCACUUGUCUCUGUGAGCCACCUUAUAGCGGACCCACCUGUGCAGAUCUGCUCACACCUUGUACUCCAAACCCCUGUGCCAACCAUGCUGCCUGUGUGCAUACACCUGACUACCACGGCUAUCAGUGUAACUGCCAACCCGGAUGGCAGGGUCAGUUGUGUAACAUUGACAUAAAUGAAUGCACCUCUAACCCCUGUAAGAACCGCGGGGACUGUACAAAUACGCCGGGUGGCUAUGUGUGCUCCUGCCGUUCUGGUUACACUGGACCAAACUGUGAAACAGAUAUUAAUGAAUGCUCACCAAACCCCUGUCUGAAUGGAGGAUCCUGUACAGAUGGAGUUAACUCAUUCCGCUGCAGCUGUCUGCCAGGCUUCACAGGGGCAAGCUGUGCUACCGAGGUAAAUGAGUGUCAGAGCGCCCCCUGCAAGAACGGAGGCGCUUGCACCGACUACGUCAACAGCUACACUUGCACUUGCAAACCUGGCUUCACGGGCCUUCUCUGUGAGACCAACAUACCAGACUGCACUGAAAGCUCCUGUUUUAAUGGAGGCACCUGCACUGAUGGGAUCAACGGGUUCAAAUGUACCUGCCGGUCAGGAUUCACUGGAGAAUACUGCCAGUACGAGUUGAACGAGUGUGACUCUCAGCCAUGCCUUAACGGAGGAGUGUGUCAAGAUGCCCUCGAGUCAUAUCGCUGCUCGUGUCCAAAAGGCUACACUGGCACUCGUUGCCAGUAUCCAGUUGAUUGGUGCAGGCCUUCUAACCCAUGCAAGAAUGGUGGUCGCUGCAGACAGAAAGAUGCCUCCUUCACAUGUGAGUGUUUGGGAGGCUGGUCAGGUCGUUAUUGUGACAUCCCAGGAGUGUCUUGUGAAGUUGCAGCCAGACAGAGAGGACUCCAAACAGACGAGCUUUGCCACCAUGCUGGACACUGUGUCAAUACUGGCAACACACACUACUGCAAAUGUCACGCAGAUUAUACAGGCAGUUACUGCGAGUCCCAGUUUGACCACUGUGAGGACAAACCUUGCCUCAAUGGUGCCACCUGUAGGAGCUACAUGGGAGGAUUCACCUGCGAUUGCAUGCCUGGUUAUGAGGGGAACAACUGCGAGAGAGAGGUCAAUGAGUGUCAGUCUCAUCCGUGUCAGAAUGGAGGAACCUGCAUUGACCUGGUGGGACAUUACAUAUGCUCUUGCCCUCCAGGCACACUAGGGGUCCUCUGUGAGAUAAAUGAGGAUGACUGUGCAACUCCCUCAUGGCCUCGGGGCAUGCCCAAGUGUCAAAACAAUGGCACCUGUGUGGACAGGGUUGGAGGGUACAGGUGUAACUGCCCUCCCGGCUUCACUGGAGAACGCUGUGAGGGAGACAUCAACGAGUGCCUUUCGAACCCCUGCAAAACCUCCAACAGCUUGGAUUGCAUACAGUUGCCAAAUGAUUACCAGUGCAUGUGCAAACCCGGAUUCACAGGACGAGGGUGUCAGAAUAGAUUUAGUGUGUGCGAAUCUCAGCCCUGUAAGAACGAAGGAGUAUGCUCCUUGUCCAGCAGCUCGCCACUGGAAUACACUUGCACCUGUCAGCUUGGGUACGCAGGUGCUAACUGUGAGAGGAGCAUGAACUGCAAAGAGCUGCCUUGCUACAAUGGUGGGAGCUGUAGUGAUACCUCACGAGGUGCACGUUGCACCUGCAUUCAGGGCUUUGGCGGGCCACAGUGUCAGCACCGCAGCAACGAGGGCUGCUCUUCCAAACCUUGCAGCAAUGGAGGCUUGUGUACAGAGGAGACCAGCUUCCCUUUUUUCCACUGCCAGUGCAUCAGUGGCUGGAAGGGGAUCCGAUGUGAACAGGAAACAAGGGCUUUGCCCCAUUGCCCUAUUGCUGAAUGUCAUGGCAAGGCCAAUGACGGUGUGUGUGAUAAAGAAUGUAAUUCGCUUGCCUGCCGCUGGGAUGGAGGUGACUGCUCUCUGGCUACAAACCCCUGGGCAUACUGCACAGACCCUCGCUGCUUGUGGCUCUUCAACAACAGUCAGUGUGAUGAGUUCUGCAAAAAUGCAGAGUGCCUUUAUGAUAACUUCGACUGUAAGAACAAAGAGAAAGUCUGCAACCCUAUCUAUGAGACAUACUGUACUGACCAUUACGCAGAUGGGCGCUGCGAUCAAGGCUGCAAUAAUGAAGAGUGUGGCUGGGAUGGACUGGAUUGUGCAGAGAAGAUUCCGGAAGACCUUGCAGAAGGCGUGCUGGUUAUUGUGGUUCUGCUGCCUCCAGAGGAGCUGCUAAGGACACAAACUGCUUUCCUGCAGAAACUAAGUGCAAUCCUGCACACCACACUGCGUUUCCGUUUAGAUGCGAAUGGAGAAACAAUGAUCAAACCCUAUACAGGCCGUGAGCCACGCAUUAAACGAGAGCUUCAACCUCAGCAGGAGGUCAUUGGGUCCAUUGUAUACUUGGAAAUAGACAACAGGCUCUGCUCACAGGCUUCAGAUGACUGCUUCCGCAGUGCUAAUAGUGCUGCUGAAUACCUGGGUGCUUUGUCUUCUCAGGAGAUGUUAAAUUUCCCAUACCACCUGAAGGAAGUGCACGGUGUAAUAAUAAGUGAUCCUGUGGAUACUGGGGGUCCUGGGGAUCCUGACUGGGUCAAGCUACUAUUAGUAGGAGUAGCUUCUCUCUUCUUGUUGGUAAUCUUGAUGGUGGGCAUGUUGAUUGCCCGUCGCAAACGUGAACACAGCACACUCUGGUUCCCUGAGGGCUUCUUCCUCAAGAAGGAAACAAGCAGUAACAAGAACCGCAGAGAACCUGUGGGGCAAGAUUCCCUGGGCAUGAAACACAUGCCAAAGACAGCGAAAGAGUCUCUACUGGCAGAUCACAGUGACCAGUGGAUAGACACAGACUGCCCAGAGGCAAAACGGUUUAAGGUGGAAGAGCCCAGUAUUCUGUCUGAUGGUGAGGACGCAGUUGACAGCAGACAAUGGACACAGCACCACUUGGCAGCGGCAGAUAUCCGUAUGCCUCCUUCCAUGGCUCUCACUCCUCCACAGGGAGAGUUUGACAGUGAUUGCAUGGAUGUCAAUGUCCGAGGCCCUGAUGGCUUCACACCCCUGAUGCUGGCAUCCUUCUGUGGAGGUGGGCUGGAGCCAGAGGUGACCGAAGAUGAUGAUUCAGAAGAAUCCUCCGCCAACAUCAUAUCCGACCUUAUUUACCAGGGAGCAUCGCUUGCAGCUCAAACCGACCGCACUGGAGAGACUGCUCUGCAUCUGGCUGCACGUUAUGCCCGAGCUGACGCAGCUAAACGGCUCCUGGAUGCUGGGGCUGAUGCAAACGCACAGGAUAACACAGGCCGCACACCUUUGCAUGCAGCUGUAGCAGCUGAUGCCCAAGGGGUAUUCCAGAUUCUGAUCAGGAACCGUGCCACAGACCUGGAUGCACGCAUGUAUGAUGGCUCCACUGCUCUGAUCCUUGCAGCCCGUCUGGCAGUAGAAGGCAUGGUGGAAGAGUUGAUCACCUGUCAUGCUGAUGUCAACGCUGUUGAUGAAAUCGGAAAGUCAGCUUUGCACUGGGCAGCAGCAGUCAACAAUGUUGAAGCUACAAUUGCCUUGUUGAAGAACGGUGCCAAUAAAGAUAUGCAGGACCUCAAGGAGGAAACUCCACUAUUCUUGGCUGCCAGGGAAGGUAGCUGUGGGGCUGUAAAGGUGUUGUUGGCUCACUUUGCUAACAGGGAGAUAACAGAUCACAUGGACAGGCUCCCUCGAGAUAUCGCGCAGGAGCGCAUGCACCAUGAUAUUGUGCAGCUAUUGGAUGAAUAUAACACUGUAAGAAGUCCGCAGGGACAUGUAGGGGCAGGUCACCACCUAUCUGGUAGCCACACCCUCUCACCACUCAUGUGUCCUCCCACCAACUUCCUCCAAGGGCUGAAAAGCACCCCGCAGGGUAAGAAGAACCGUCGCCCAGGGGCUAAAGGCAUAGGUGGACAGCACACUACCAACCUGAAAGAAUCAGCCAAAGCACGUAACAAACGGCUGACGCUAGACAUGCAGAGUGCUUUGCUGGAGAGCUCCGUCACGCUCUCCCCUGUCGACUCGCUGGAUUCGCCACGCGGAGGUGCCAGCAACGCCGGCUACAUCACCAAUCCAACCUCACCGGCUGCCAUGCCCUCUCCUGGCCUCUUCCACUCCUCUAUGUCUGUCCCUACCACUCCAAUGGUGCACAGCAGUAUUUUGAAUGGCACCAGCCCUUUUGCAGUCUCCCUAGCUCAGCUGAGCGACCUGAGCGAUGGUGGGCUCUCCAUGCACGGUCGUGUGGCCAUGCAAGGGGGCGGCGUCAACCAAGGCCCCCACAACUGCGUGCUGAAUGCCGGCCAGAUGAGCCUCAACAUGGGUAUAGUAAGUCCAGUAAGCGUGCCAUUUGACUGGCACAACCGCAUGCCCCCCUCUUCUCAAUGCAGUCAGACCAUGGUCAACAUUAUGCAUCCAGCAAGUAGCCAAGCAGGCAUGCUCCCUCAGACACCGACCCUGCAGCAAAGCAGCAUGCUCAUGCACCAGCAACAGAUGUUCCGUAAUGCCCAGCAGUCCAUCCUGCAGCCAACACCCGUCUCCAACACACCCUCUAUUAGCCCAGUCAAACUGCCACCCAUUGCAGAGCAGCAGCAGCAGCAACUUCACAGCCAUGCCCUCACCAACCCCAACCUUACCCGCAUGGGCUCCUCCACUCCCCCGACCCCACAACAGGCACAGCCUCCUCCAGCUUUCUACCAGCCACAGCAGCCACAGACUCAGCCACCGCAAGCCUCGGCAGCUCCUCAGGCUUCGCAAGCACAGGCUAUCCCAUCUCAGGCACACCCGGCACAGGUGAGCGUUAGCACCACAGGGCCGGAGGAUUACCCCACACCGCCCUCCCAGCACAGCUGCAGCUCGGCCAUGGAUGCGACACCCAAGCAUUACCUGCAUGUGCCCAGUGAACAUCCUUACCUGACCCCUUCUCCAGAGUCUCCAGAGCCCUGGUCCAGUCCCUCUCCUCACUGUGUGUCCGAUUGGUCUGACUCCACCCCCAGCCCAGCCGUCACAGCUCCUACCCAGACCCAGAUUUCGCAUGUCCAGGAGUCCAAUGGGAAGAUGCAGGUGUUUGCUUGAGCAACUCAAACUACCUAUAAUGUUUGUGACUUUGAGAGAGUAGAGUUGUCAAGCAUCACUCUAGGACUUGUUUUUUUUUACUUACCUGUCAGCACAUUUCCAAGAUUUUAUUUGGAUUAGGAUUGACUGUUUUGCAUCAAAAAGACUGUCUGCUGGUGUUUGCAGAAAGCAAGUUAAAGGGAAAUUUGUGUUGUCUUAAAAAGAAAAGACAAUUUAAUGAAGUAAGACGUUCUGUCACAGAUGGACUUUAAUUAUAAAAAAAAAGUAUAUGAAGAAUACCAUGUCUUUCAUUUCAAAGACUUGGGGACAUUCCUGAAACUAACAAACUGAGAGAAAAGUGAAAUGUUGAAGGAAAAUUCUUUCUUUUUAUUUAUUGUCUUAUGUUUUCCAAACUGCCUUGUGGGUGUUUCCACCCUCUUUCUGUUUCUGAUUCUGUUGCUUUUAGUGACCCCCAUAACAACUGCCUUACUAUUCCCAGUAUAUUAUGUGGGGCUUGUGAGAUCUCCUCAGGUUCCAUGUUUCUACUGUUACAAGAGGAACAACUCAUGAUUGCUUAGUUUGCCUGUUCCACCCCAGUUCCAUCAGCAGCAACUGAUACAGUCAGAAUUUAUAAAUCAGGCUUUUGAGUGACACACACACACACACACACACACACAUAAUGAGAUUAGAAUUUUAGUGAUAUUUAUUUAGUCUAGCAUUCAGAAACAGAUUGGCACAUGAAAACAGAGGUAUAUAGAGACCAAUACAAGUGAAAAUAUUCUGAUUUAAAAUGAUUUUAUACGUUUUGUAAAAGUAUUUGUGUGAAUGUAGAGGGGCAUCUGUAAAGCACUUCAAGGGGGAAAAGCUUGAGAGAGCGAGAAAGACGGGAAGAAAACCCUCAAAUCCUCUAAAACAGGCCAGUUUUCAGUGUUGUGUUGUAUCAGUGGAGAUUAUUUUACUGAGCAUAGUUUUUUCAGUGUCUUACAUAGGCCUGCGCAGGCGAAUGCUCUACCUGUUCCCUCUCAACAUCCCAGCCAGUCACUGCCUUAUAGUCUUGCCUUGUGUAAAUUAGUUUUCUAUUUUUACUUUAAUAACCACAUGUUUGGAACCACAGUUACCUGUGGCACAUUGAUGUAUUAAGCUGUGUUAUUAGGCUGCUGCUCUGUGUCACUUUUUCGGUGACACCCAACUUCCUUUCCACAAACAUUCCUGUUCAGAACCCACCCACCAGCACUCGUGGAGCCGAUGACCGCUGCGGACCUGAUCUCACCGUGUUCCUGAGCCCUCACAAGCCCUUCAUUUCAAUACUGAACAGCUGCAGCUGACACUUGACCACUAGAAAGUCUUCCUCUGGGGCUUUAUGAAGCCAAGGCAGUGUGGUUGAUUGAUUUUAAUGUAAUUUGAUCCCUCAGGUCGUGCAUUUCCAUGUGGUCUAAUCAUAUUCCAGCUCCUUUUGGUUUGGAUAGCAGGCAUAUGUGUUGUGUGUUGGGUACAUGGCUAACGGGGUUCUAAUGGUCUGCUAUUGCUCUGUUACUCCUCAGGGAGGUGUUAUAUAGCAUGCAGUGUUGUCUGCAUCUUUAGCAGUUCCCACCCCAUCAGCCUAGACGAUGACAUCUGUCGUGUCUGGUCAGAAGGCGUGAGAUGGGAAACGCUACCAUGUAGUGAUGCCCCUGGCUUUCUGUAACAUGUCCAUAUGUUUAUCCCUCUUGAUAUUCCCAACUGUUAGACCUGCAUUUGAUGAUAAGGACAGGUGUUUCCCUGCUAUCGCCAAGAGGAACAUGCCCAUUUCACUAAACUAUGGCACAUAAACAUUGCUUUCAGCCAUAUAUUAUUUUUUUAAAUAGUAUUUGUGCUUUAUCUGUACUGAGUGUAACUGUUAAAUCUUCAUGUACCACAUUUCAAGGCUUGUGAUGGUUUUGGAGCACAUUCUGGACCUCUUUGUUAUCCUACAUAAGUACUACUAUUCUUUGCUAACCCAGCACAAGUCUUCCUUUAAUUCACAACUUUUCACUUCUCAUGAUACAGUUCUCCAGGUAUUUUUGAAAUUCCAGUACCUUCCUGUAAAUAUGUUUCACCUUGUUUAAGUCUACUUGUUUAUGAGAAGUCUUAUGUUCCUGAAAUGAAUAAGUACUAAAAAGAACAAAAAGUAAAUGUACUUUUUAUUAGCAUUAAGGUGAGGAUGUGACUGUGUAAUUGGUCUUGCAUAACUAGAACAGCCAUAGAUAUUUUCUAUUGUCAUUAUUAAUUUCCUAUACUUGUUUAAAAGUAGUUUAAAUCAUUGUAUAUAAACAGUUUUUCACAGUUUCUUUCUACAGACAAAGUUGUAAAAUAUGUUACUUCUAAUAAAGCAGUAGAAACUACAUUUCA